AUGGUGAUGGAUGGAGACGUAAUACUGACAGAAAAUUGGUAUGCACUACCCCACGACUCCGCUCCACAUGUGACCCUCCUAGUAGGAUUCGGCUAUGAGGCAAGAUCACUGGGUCCAGCAGUAAAAAAGGCAAGUUGCCUGAAGUGGAAUGACACCACCUGUUGCAGGUUAAAGACCUCUGUGAUGGAUGGUAACCCCGUCUGGAGGGUUCAGCUGAACGUGGAGGACAUCGGGAAACCAGAAAUUGUGAGAAGGUCUUGAUACUAUGGAAGAGAAAUGACUGACCACCCAGACACGGUGAAUAUCUUCAACCAGUUACCAGAACAACUAUGGACUCUAACUGCUGAAGAUGUCGGUUUAGUAAAUAUUGAACCGGUGCUAGUCUCAAUCAGAGAAGACAGUGAACUAUCAAUACCAGUGAACAAACGGCAAUACCCUCUCAGCGAAGAAAAGACUAGAGGAAUUGAACCUACCAUAUCGGGACUUCUGAAAGGACAAGUGAUAUAUCCAACCUCUUCAAAAUGGAACACGCCAAUCCUACCAGUGAAGAAGGGGGAUACUGGGAAGUGGAGGAUGGUGCAGGACUUCAGACCUAUCAAUGAGGUAACAGUGCCGGACGUUAGGCCCGUGCCAGACCCAUAUCUCGCGCUGCAAAACAUUUCCCCUACGCACGACUGGUUCACAGUGAUAGACUUGGCUAAUGCAUUCUUCUGCAUUCCCUUACAUCCCGAAUCACAACCCCUCUUUGCAUUUACCUACAGAGGGCAGCAGUACACCUACUCGCGUCUCCCACAAGGAUAUCGUGAUUCCCCUGGAAUCUUUAACGACAUCCUGAAAAAUCACCUGGAAGAACUAACAUUACCUGAAGGGGUGACAUUGCUUCAAUAUGUUGAUGAUCUCCUGUUGGCGGCACCAACUGCUGAAUCCUGCUUACAGGCCACCAAAGCACUCCUCCUCUUGGUUGCUGAGAAGGGGUACAAAGUAAAAAAGGAGAAAGUACAAUGCUGCAGAAGAAGCGUACAGUUCCUGGGGAGAGUACUAUCAGGAAAAGGACAGGCUGUCUCCACAGCACAGAGAACAUCAAUCCUGGAACACCCAAAACCUACCACCGUGCAGCAUCUAUUGUCAUUUCUUGGCCUCACUGGAUAUAGCAGGACGCAUAUACCAGAGUAUUGUCUUAAAGUGGAACCACUGAGGGCAAUCUUGAGAGAAGCAGGCAACAGAAACCUCACAGCUGUCCUUAAGUGGACUCCAGACGCUGAAGCAGCCUUUAUCCAGUUGAAACAGACCUUGGCCCAGGCUGAAGCGUUGUCUCUACCGGACUACACCACCCCAUUUUGUCUUGAUGUUUCUGAAUCAAAUGGUUAUGUACACUCCAUUCUAUAUCAGAAACAAACGGGGGAGAGGAGAGUGUUACACUACUACAGCGCUAAAUUGGACAACAUUGAGAUAGGCCAAACUGACUGUGCUAGACACCUAGCAGCCAUUGCCAAAGCGGUUAGCAAAACCGCUCACAUUGUAAUGAGGCACCCUCUGGAAAUUAACACAGACCAUGGGGUGACAGCCUUCAUUGGUUCCAAACUUUUCACACUGUCCAGCAAAAGAAAAUCCAGUAUAACCAAAGCCAUCACCGCAAAACACAUCACAUAUACAACCACAACCAACAUGACAGAUGGCAUGGGACAGGGAGAACCACAUGUGUGUGAGAACAGAGCGGCCAAACAACUCAAGGUUCGAAUGGACCUGCAGAACUCGCCUCUAGAAGGCAACAAGAUAACCCUGUUCACAGAUGGUUGCUGCUACAGGUCAAGGGAACCAACUGAAGGAAAUAUUGCUGCGUACGCUGUGGUAAAACAAGACAAGGAAGGAAAUCAUGAAGUUAUGGAAGCAAAAAAGCUGGAACCCAACGAGAGCUCAGCACAACUGGCAGAGCUUAGAGCUUUGAGAAGAGCCCUGCAGCUGAGCGAAGGAAAGGACGUAGACAUCUACACGGACUCUGCCUAUGCACACGGAAUUGCACACAUCGAUGGACCACAGUGGAUGAGAAGAGGAUAUCUGACCAGCUCAAACGAGCCCAUUAAGCACAAGGUUGAAGUACAGAAGUUAAUUGAUGCUAUUCAACUCCCCAAACGCGUGGCAAUAAUGAAGUGCAAAGGACACAGUAAAGAAACCACCAGUGUGCGCAGAGGAAAUGAUCGAGCAGAUCAAGUGGCAAAGGAUGCAGGAGGAUAUACUGCCCAACAGAUGGUACUGCGAGCUUCUCAGGGACAGGAAGAACUAACUGCGGAUACAGUAAGACAGCUUCAAGAAGCAGCAGGUGUCUAUGAGCAGAACAUAUGGAGCAGACAAGGAGCAAGACAAGAUCAUCAUGGGAUCUGGAGGUCUCACUCAGGGAAAACAGUGGGACCAGCUAAACUCCUCAGGUCCAUCUUAAGGGAAGAACAUGAGAAGGCCCAUGGAGGAUGGAAGAGUGUUGCAAAGUUAGUAGAGAAAGCAUGGUGGCACCCUCACAUGAUGGACCUAGCAAGAGAGACUUCAGAAAGUUGUGAGGUAUGCAAACAAUAUAACAACAAAAUAUCACUGGGAGCAGUGAUAGGCAGUUUCCCAAUACCUGAUGCACCAUUCCAGGACAUUUGCAUAUAUUCUACAGACAUGGGACAAGAUAACAGAGUAGAAGGAAAAAGAUACCUGUUGGUAAUGGUCGACAGAUUCACCAGGUGGGUGGAAGCCAUCCCCACAGCUAAAGAAGACGCCAAGGCCGUGGUGAAAUGGUUGAGAAGAGAUCUCAUCCCUAGGUUCGGAGUCCCUAGAAUGAUCCGCUCCGACAAUGGCACCCAUUUCAAGAACAAGCACCUGAGAGAGGUAGAGCAGGCCUUGGGGAUUACACAUAAGUUUGGGUCAGUCUAUCACCCUCAAUCUCAGGGCCUUGUUGAAAGGGCUAACCAGACAUUGAAACGAAAAAUGGCAAAAAUUAUGGCAGGGACCAAACUAAAAUGGAUAGAUGCCCUUCCUCUUGCUUUAAUGUCAAUGAGGAACUCACCUGGGUCGGAUACACAUUUGACCCCACAUGAACUUAUGACAGGGCGUAGAAUGCCAGGCCCACCAGCAGACAACUUAAGUAUGCCUAGGUUAGAUAUUGCAAAGAUCAGAUACACAGACUACAUGCAGGAGCUAACCUCUCUUGUUGACAGACUGUCCAAACAGGUGGUGGAGAUACGUACGCCUGCUGUCGAGACCACUGACGAAAACAGAGACAUCCUGGUCGGGGACUGGGUGAGGGUGAAAGUGCAUUCGAGGAAGUGGACAGAACCAAGGUGGGGAGGCCCAUACCAGGUGAAAGAGGUAUCAAGCCAUUCACUGAGGGUAAACACAGACAAGAAAUACGUAUGGUAUCACAGGACACAUUGUGCUAAAGAUAUAACUCCGGGGAGAACUCUAGAUCAGGUACAACAGGACUUAGCAACAGAAGGGAAGUGA